GUUUUCUCUGAUUGUUAAAAAAUAUUCAUUAUAUAUUAUUUUCGUUCCAGCAAUUAUAUCCACGAUAAAACACAAAUAUCACUAGUAAAUCUGGACAAGGCUUAUAUCUUAAAAGAAAAAAAAUAACAGCAGUUAAAGUUUAAUUUUAUGCACUUUAGAACAUAGUGCAAGGCAGUGGUGGAUGCGAGAAUUUUUUUUUUUUUGGAGAGUGAUUAGAAAAAAUAAAAUAAUAAUCAGUGUAUUCUAAAAUAUACAUCAACAAGGGGUUCUGGACAGUUUAACUACCAUUAUUAACAUGCAUCACUUCUGUAUAAUUUGUAGGUCAGGUGUUGUUACAGCUAGCCUUGCAUUACCCACAAUAACAUACUGCCUUCACUGAGAUACCUAUCGCAAAUUUUUUAUCGGUGAACAGGUUUAAGUAAGCAUGUUAAAAAAUGUGCGGUACGGUCACACAGUAGUUGGUAUAAAGUGUGUACAACUAAAAAUCCGAUUGUCUGUCUACUGUCAUAGAAUGAUUGUGUUAUGGAUCCUAUUUAUUUGACCAAGUACCUCUGUUUGAGAAUUACCGCGAGCAUAAAUUUUAAAACAAUAAACUAUUUACCUGUUUGUAUUUACUACACGAACUUGUGCCAGGGACAUUCCACAUCUUGAAUUUUUAAAGGACUGUUUAUACUUCCAACACUGAACAACCAAUCUGAGGCUUACGUAGAACAGACGUCGUUCUGAACUACUUUGCCAACCUGUUUAGGUUGAAUGAGAAAUGGCAUCAGAACGAAACAUGUUCAGACUGUGUGUAACGGCAAGCAAAAGUAGAACAUGUUUACCUGAAGUAGUUCAGAGUCCCGUAUAACAGGGUCCUUAGCAAUUGAUAGCAACGUAAAUCAUCAUAAUGUUCGCAGGCUUUCACGACCAUUGUCUGAAGUACGGUAGCUUGGCUUCUGGGUUGUAGCCGUGUCCUUCGCAAAUACUGUAUAAAAUGCUGUAUAAAAACUAAUAGGUAGGUAUGCAAUAAAUUGUUUUAAUCUCUUGAAAAUAACUCGGUAGAAAGAAUCGUAAAGAUGCCAUCAUGCUAAAUAAACAUAGGUACAAUACAUUUACAAUAAAUUACCUUUAACCAAAAAAUAGUUUUGUUAUGGUGACAGAAAAAGGGGUGGGGGUGUAUGUUCUCAUUUUGUCUUCCAAGUACAUAUUAACAUGGCAAAUAUUGUACACAUUAUACCUCCAUGAGCCGUAUUCUUCGAGACAUGCUCUAGACUACUUUUUUAUUUGGAUGAUGAGGGUAGCCUACAGUUAGAAGCCCACGGCCAUAGAUAAAUUUUCGUUGUAUGCAAUCUCUGAAUUUUUCCGUUAGCAAUCAAAUAGCUGUAUGUAUGUAAAUCUCACGCCCACGCCUUACUCGAGACUCUAACCCAGGACCCCUCGUACCGUAAGCUGUGUGCAUCCGAAUUAGCAACAGAGGUCGGCAUCUCAACUACAACUACUAACAAGAGAGGCUCAGUGGCUCAGAUAGACUAAACAUUGUUACUAGGAACAAUAUAGGAAACUCGUUAGAAAUACGUGAGAAAAGUGAUGUCAGCAAACCUGACGACGUAGAAUGUAAUUACAUUUUUAACUGCACGAGAGUAAUGCCAUCUAGCGGCGUGGAAUGAAAAUAGCUUGAAAGAAUGCAGUAAGUACAUUGUCUCGCGCUUCACCAGUGAUAAUUCGUCAGAUUUAACCAUAUUGUUUUAUUACGAUAUUUGGUUAGACAAGCAAAGACUCAAACAGAGCCAGUAAUCAACAUUUACUACAGCAAAUACCUAAAUUGAAUACAAAUUUAUGGGAGAGGUAGGAACCAUAAGACGCCAUAUUGGCUUCAACUAUUUUUUUUAUAAUUUGAAAUUGAAAAUAUUCCUUACAAAAACCAACACAUAGUGCAUAUUGACAAUAUUAUGAUGUCAUUCACAAAAUUGAAUUAAAUACUAAAUGACAUUGCAUUCAAAUGAAAAACUAUUUGUGGCAGCCAGUGACUAUGUGUUUCAUUGAAUUAAUUAUCAUGCUUUAACGAAGAUAAAAUUUAAUAAUCUAAUGAUAUAAAAUUGUUAUAACCUAAAAACUGAUAAAACCAAGUUGACGUCUUUCGGUUUCUGCCUCCUCAUUAAAAAUAAAAGGAGUUAGCAAAGACACACGCAAUAUAUAUUAUAUACACAUAGGUACCUAUAUACACACACCAAGGUCUGUAGAUGUUGUACACACAUAAAAAAACACACACAAACGCACAUGCUUCAACGAAUUGUAAACUUGUAAGAAAUACGAGAGACAAGUUCUGUCACCGAAACUCAUGACGUCGAGUGCACCUACGUUUUUAUAGUAGGGCAGUAGGCCCAUCUAGUGGCGUGGUAAAUAGGUAGCUUAACAGCAUUUCAGUACCUAGUGUCUAGCGCUUCGUCAAUGCUAAUUGGCCAGAAUUUCCCAUAUUUUCCUUCCAACAUUAUGAAAAGCAGCUGAAAGAAGUGAUGCAGCUUUCUUACAGUUAAAAACCGAAAUAUAGUUUACAUUUAGGUAGAAAGAUAAAAUUACAGAGUCCUAAAAUUAAUUCAAUAAUAUUGAUACUAAUAAUAUAUGCUACCUUACUUACAUUGUACCUACCUAAUAUAAUAUGCAAUAAUAUAGAAUUUUAUAUUAUUGAAUUAUAGAUCAUAAACAAUGAAAAACACUUAAUAUCAUUCACAUUGAAUUAAUUUUUAUUUUAGGUAUCUAAGAACAAGGGUACAAAACUGUAGAAAUCGAAAGGGUGACUAGAAAAUUGCAGGCUCCCCCCCCCCCCUCCCUUUCCAAUCUUUUUUCACGAGAAUUUUAACCAACAAAUCAUAUCUAGAUAGGAUAUCUACUUGUAUGUUGUAUACUGACUAUGUUUUGGCUUAUAUGUGUACAAUAAUCAUAAAACUUGAGGAAAGUUUUCCAUUAAACGUAGUGUUGACGUUUACGUUUAUAAAUCCUGUUACAGCCACAAUUUUUGAAGUGCAAGCGGGCCUUAUCACCGAGGGGCUUCUUAGUUCCAGGGGAGGCCCAGCCUCCUCCCCCCACCCCCCAGGAUCUAGGCUCAUGUCUAAGAAUAUCUUUAUGAUAAUUUUGUCUGUGAAUGAAUUGGGGUUUAAAUUCUUAUAGACAUGACGAGAUGGAGCAGCAACAGUAGACAAACGGUAGGUGGAGUAGGCCAGUCAGUAAGAGGCAAAGUAAACACUUUUCACCAGCAGACCUGAAAACUUGAUAUAAGGGUAAUUCGAGGACGCUGAGUCGAUUGGUGUUAUUUUUUUGAAAUUGGACGUGAAGUUUUUGGAGAAAAAGGUUAAAAUUUGGUUUCACUCAGUUUUUCUCUGAAUCUAGGUGUAAAAGCGAAAAAAGUUUCAAACAAAAGUUGUGGAGAAUCAAAAAAUACAUAAAAAAGGAACAAAGGGUCUUAGGCAAUUCUCGGGCCUCUCCGUCAUGACUAGAGAGUGCGAGUGAGAGAUGGAACAAUUUGACCUCUCUUUUUUUUAUCUCACGCGUUAGCGAGGAUUUUUCGUCUUUGGCUUCAAGGAAACUUGCACACAGUUUAAUACAACAACAAAUGUAAAUUUUUUUAGGAAUCAUUAAAUACAAAUUUACGAGUGCUGUAUUUGUGUUGUGUGGCUCAAAGUUUGAAACCUACUUACAAAAAAAUAUAUAUCAUUUUGAAAAAUAUAUCGUUCCCAAGCUUUCUUCCCCCAACCUAUCUUCAUUGACAGUAUUAUUUUACUUGGCAUCACAUUGUUUCUUUACAGUCAUGUAGGGCAACUUUGUGCCAGUGGGUGUAACUUUGCUCCACUAGCUUCUUUUGUUUUAAAAGACAGUUAACAAUAUCUCUUUAUUCUGUGGAGAGAAAUUUUUUUUGUAAACAUUUCUGAAAUUUCACUUUUCCUGUCAAGUUGGCAGUAGUGCAGACAAGUCCUCUCAUCUAUAUUAAGAUAUGUUUGAAUUCAACUGUGAUUUUUAGUUGAUUUUGACUGUUGUUUUAAAGUUGUCAGUGUUUUUAGGGUGAUGGUCAAGGAGACACCUCUUAAAAAGCACCAUCUGUUUCACAGUUAACACUUUAAUGAAGACUGUACAAUGUCUGAGCUGAGGAAAAAGAAGUUACCUGGUACCAGGCCAUAUAAAUCAUAUACUGAUGCUGUUCUACAGCAGGUAUUAGAGGAUAUCAAAGCAGGUAAAAUUGGUCAUCGCCAAGCAGAAAGAGAGUAUGGUAUACCAAGGAACACAAUUCGCAACAAGUUAAAGCGAUGCCACGAAAAAGCAAUAGGCAGGCCUCAGGCGUUUACCGAGAUAGAAGAGCAGAGUUUUGUAAACCAUGUUAUAACAUGCAGUGAAUUUGGAAUGCCUUUAUCAAUGUGUGAUGUGCGCUUUAUCGUAAAAGGUUACUUAGAUUCAACAAACACUAAAGUGCCUCAGUUUAAAAACAAUUUACCAGGCGUGGAUUGGGGUAGACUGUUUCUAAAGCGUCACAAAGCUGAGUUAGGUCAAAGGUUCGCAAGUAAUAUCUCAAGAUCCCGGGCUCAAGUCAGUGAAGACAUGGUAAAACAUUUCUUUGUGCAUUUAGAAAAAGAAAUUGAGGGUGUACUACCUUGUAACAUUUAUAACUAUGACGAGACAGGUUUCCAUGAUGUGCCUAGUAAGAAAAAACUUCUUUUUCGACGAGGGUCGCGCCACCCUGAACUGAUUUUGAAUAGCACAAAGUCUUGUUUUACCACAAUGUUUUGUGGAAAUGCCUUAGGAGAAUUUCUUCCUCCUUAUGUUAUCCUGAAAGGGAAACAGAAAUGGAGUGACUGGCUGAAGGGUGCUCCACCAGGCACUAGGUUAAAUGUAACACUUCAUGGGUGGAUUGAUCAGGAUGUCUUCGACGAUUGGUUUGAGAACCACUUCCUUCCUUUUGCUUUGAAACAUCCAGGCAAGAAAGUGUUAAUCGGAGACAACAUGUCAGCACACUUGACUUUGAAAACCUUAAAGUUAUGUACUGAAAACAAUAUAUCUUUCGUCAUGCUUAUUCCCAAUUCCACUCAUUUACUCCAACCUCUAGAUGUGGCAUAUUUUUCGUCGCUAAAGUCUAAUUGGAGGAAAAUCCUGUAUGAUUGGAGACAAACCAGAGAAGGAAAACGUUGUGUUGCCCUUCCAAAAUCACUUUUUUGUCAGCUUCUAAAGUUUACACUAGAUAUGGGUGAACCAACUGCAUCAAGUAACCUAGUGAAAGGGUUUUUAACAACUGGUAUCCAUCCCAUAGAUAAAGAUAAGGUUAUCCAAAAAUUGCCGCAAUAUGCUAAAGAAGCAUUGCAGAUAACUGACAAUGUAGGUGAAUGUUUCAAAUCAUUCAUAUCAGAAGUGCGUUCUUCUGAUCUGGAUAAGGUUCAACGAUCAAGAAAGUUUAAACUACCUAUUGAACCUGGCAGGAGUGUAUCAGUAGAAGAAGUAGAAACUUUCUAUGACAAAAAAAUUCUGUGUGCGCGCUCAGGACCAAAAACUAGAGGUGGUGUUCGGAAGUUUCCAGGACGAUGUAAGGUUAUCAAACCAAAUAGGCCUAGGGAAGGCGAGCACAUUCCAUGUACUAGUACUUCAGAAAGUCGGGACGUAGUUGACGUUUGUGUGUCAUCAACAAUACAUGCUGGCCCUACUAUGUUACUUGAAGAUUGUACCAGUGAACAUGCUAGCCCUACUGUGUUGAUGGAAGAUAGUACCUGUGAACAUGCUAGCCCUACUGUGUUGAUGGAAGAUAGUACCUGUGAAUAUGCUAGCCCUACUGUAUUGAUUGAAGAUUGUACCAGUGACACUAUAAUCACAACCAGUACUGUAGUCAUUAAUCGCACAGAUGGUUAUAAGGUUAAUGACUAUGUAAUUGUAGUGUAUGAUGGCCAUACUUUUCCUGGUACAGUAACAUGUAUAGCUGAAGAAGAAAAUGAACUUUUGUACAAAGUCAAAUGCAUGGCUACAUCUGGUGGAUACUGGCGCUGGCCAGAUCAUCCAGAUGAAAUUUUUUACAGAGCUUGUGAUGUUAUUUGUAAGAUACCUCCUUGUAACAUUGAACCUGUCAGUGGCCGAGGACAUUUUAAAAUUAAUGAACCUCUCCUAUUGUCAAAAGUGGUUUUAAAAAUAUGAAAAGCUGUUCCAACAUGUUGCAUGUACUGUACAGUAUGCAAUAACCAAUUAAGUCAUGUCAGAUGUUAUAAAAUAGCAGACUUUGACAAAUAGAGAUAUUGUAACACAUUAUGUGUGAUGGUUUUAUUUUAACAUCUUCAUUUAACCCUACAAAAUUUAUUUCUAUUAAUAAACAGAUCUAGAAAAUACAUUUUCACUUUUUGUAUCAUCACUGUUGAACGAAAAUUAUGGUAAAACUUGACAAAA